AUGCAGACCUGGAUCCUACAGAUAAGCUGCUUCCCAGAUGUAAAGAAAAGUCACAGGAUUCCUGUUCCCAUUGCCCCGGCCCGGCCCCGCCCCUUCCCGGCGUGAGGGGGAGGCGGCCGCAGCCCCGCAGCUGCAGCCAUGGCGCUGGUCACCCUGCAGCGCUCGCCGACCCCCAGCGCCGCCUCCUCGGCCAGCACGAGCGAGGCGGAGGUCGGCAGUGAUGAAGAGCGUAGACUAAAUGUGAGCCUCAGCGAGAGCUUUUUCAUGGUGAAAGGUGCAGCCCUUUUCUUACAGCAAGGAAACAGCUCCCAGGGCCAGCGAAGCCUCCAGCAUCCCCACAGACAUGCAGGUGACUUGCCCCAGCACCUCCAGGUGAUGAUCAACCUCCUGCGCUGCGAGGACAGGAUCAAACUGGCCGUGCGUUUGGAGAGCGUGUGGACCGACCGCGUGCGCUACAUGGUGGUGGUGUACAGCAGCGGGCGGCAGGACACCGAGGAGAACAUCCUGCUGGGAGUGGACUUCUCCAGCAAGGAGAGUAAAAGCUGCACUAUAGGAAUGGUUCUUCGCCUGUGGAGUGAUACUAAAAUCCAUCUGGAUGGGGAUGGUGGCUUCAGCGUGAGCACUGCAGGGAGGAUGCACAUCUUCAAACCUGUGUCGGUGCAAGCCAUGUGGUCUGCUUUACAGAUCCUCCACAAAGCCUGUGAAGUUGCCAGGAGGUACAACUACUUCCCAGGGGGGGUGGCCUUAGUGUGGGCCACCUACUACGAGAGCUGCAUCAGCUCGGACCAGAGCUGCAUCAACGAGUGGAACGCCAUGCAGGACCUGGAGUCCACCCGCCCCGACUCCCCAGCCCUCUUUGUUGACAAGCCGACGGAAAGGGAACGAACGGAGCGGCUCAUUAAAGCCAAGCUCCGGAGCAUCAUGACCAGCAAAGACCUGGAAAAUGUGACUUCCAAGGAGAUCCGAAACGAGCUGGAGAAACACAUGAACUGCAACUUGAAGGAAUUCAAGGAAUUUAUAGACAAUGAAAUGCUGCUGAUCCUGGGUCAGAUGGACAAACCUUCCCUGAUUUUUGAUCAUUUGUACCUGGGCUCCGAGUGGAACGCUUCCAACCUGGAGGAGCUGCAGGGCUCGGGCAUUGACUACAUCCUGAACGUCACCCGGGAAAUCGACAACUUCUUCCCAGGCCUGUUCGCGUACCACAACAUCCGGGUGUACGACGAGGAGACCACGGACCUGCUGGCACACUGGAACGAGGCUUAUCACUUCAUCAACAAGGCCAAGAAGAACCACUCCAAGUGCCUGGUGCACUGCAAGAUGGGCGUGAGCCGCUCCGCAUCCACCGUCAUCGCCUACGCCAUGAAGGAGUUCGGCUGGUCCCUGGAAAAGGCCUACAAUUACGUGAAGCAGAAGCGCAGCAUCACGCGGCCCAACGCCGGCUUCAUGCGGCAGCUGCUGGAGUACGAGGGCAUUUUGGAUGCCAGCAAGCAGCGCCACAAUAAACUGUGGAAGCAGCAGGCAGAGAGCAACCUGCCCCAGAACACCGAUGGCACCACGGGGUCGGGAGACUUCUUACUGGAGAGCUUGGACAUCGACCUGGAAAACCGCCUGGCUGACCUGGACAUGCCUUCCCAGUCUGCCUACCUGGACAACCGUGCCAGCUCCGACGGGUCCGUGGGCUUCGGUUACUGCUUCCGCCGCCUCUCGGACACGCUGCUGGAGAACAAGAUUCCUGGGGACAGGGAGAGCUUCUUCCACAUGGAGCAGCUGGAGCGGGAUGCCCUGGUGGGACAGCCUCCAUCUGCACCAUCCCAGGGGAGGCUGCUGGAGAUGGAAAAGGCCCCGGAGAGAGCGGAGCCAGUGGCAGAGCUGGGCGGCUUCUGUGAGAAAGAGGCGAAGAAGAAACUGGACUUCAGCCCCAGGAAGGGAAGGAUGGUCCUUGGGGAGCCAGGGGAGGAUGGUGUCAGGGAGGAAAAUCCCAUGGAAAAGUGGAAGCGGCGUUUGUCCAUGCACAAGGAGGAGAGCAGGCUCAAUAGGGAGAACUUGAAUAACAACAACAGCAAAAGGAGUUGCCCAGAGGAUUUUGAGCACGAUGCCGUGUUUGGGAUCCUCAGCAAAGUGAAGCCUUCCUACCAGUCCUGCACUGACUGCAUGUAUUCCUCAGCGGGACUGGGCCCCGACUCCUUCGGGGAGCAGUGCGAGAGGCUCGGCGCCGGCGCCGCGCGGCGCAGCAGCACCAUCUGCACCCAGCCCCCCCUCCUGUCCCACCUGCACUCCCACCUGAUGGAACACCUGCCCAGCAGGGCACCCCCCGAGGAGCCAGGCAGAACUAAACAUAACGAGGCUCCGCUCCCCCUGGCACCAGGAGCCGGGGCUGUGGAGGUUGGCACGUGCAGGUCACUGGAUCAGCACUGCGGCCUUUUGGAGAGAGGGAAAGAUGCGCCAAAAACCCCCGAAAAGACUCUGCUGCCCAGGAGAAACUCCCACUGUGACAGGAGCCUCCUUCACGCAGAGGUGGUGAGGGAAGAGUCUCUGGCCAGAAAGGACCCCAGACCUACCAAGGACCUGAAGUACCUGUUGUUCAGCAAAGACUUGGAAAAGCCGAGCGCCAACAGUUACUUGAUGCAGCACCAGGAGUCGCUGCUCCAGCUGCAGAAAGCAGGGUUGGUCAGGAAGCACACCAAAGAGCUGGAGCGCCUCAAGAGCCUGCCCUCGGACGCCUCGGCGCUGCUCCGGGACAGCCCCCUGGGCAGGGUCGACUCCAGCAUCGUGGAGGAAAGUGAGGACUUGAUGUCCCAUCCUGGCCUUGUGCCUCUCCUGGCACCGGCCCCACUGGUGCCCGGAGACACUGAGAAUGAGGUGGAGAAGCUGGGGGUGAAGCGUGUGCUGGAGGGGAUCUCCCAGAAAACCUCCACGCCGGCCGGGUGCCGCCCGGAGCACACCAGCAGCUUCACCAAGGACUUCCUGAAGACCAUCUGCUACACCCCCUCCUCCUCCCGCAGCUCCAACCUGACACGGAGCUCCAGCAGCGACAGCAUCCACAGCGUGCGGGGCAAGCCCGGGCUGGUGAAGCAGCGCACGCAGGAGAUCGAGACCAGGCUGCGCCUGGCCGGCCUCACCGUGUCCUCACCCCUGAAAAGGUCCAAUUCCCUCGCCAAGCUGGGAUGUCUUAACCUGUCCUCCGAGGACUUGUCGAGUGACGUGGACGUGGCCACCAUCACGGACUCCAAGGAGGCCGUGUCCAGCGAGUGCUCCGUGCUCUGUGAGCCCCCGCUGAGGAGCGUGGACGGCACCUCCAAACCAGGGCUGAAGCCUCUGCCUGGGAACUUGAAGAACACGCUUUGGAUGGGCAAAAGUUGAUGCCUUGCAGGGGGAGGAGGGGGCUGGAGCAUUUUGGGGGUUUGCAGCAUUUAUUCAUUGCACCAGUGCUGUUUUAUCAUCUGACUUGCAGCAGCUCAUCUGGUGCCACCUCCUCAUCCCCUCUUUGUGCUCCGAGAGAGGAGGAAAGAACCUCGAUGGGUCACAGUGAAGGGCACAAGGGAAAUAAAAUGUGUUGCAUGGCUUAGAGGA